AUGCAGUCCACGGCGGAUGUGCUCAUCUCUGAGCGUACUGAAGAACUGCGUAUAAUCCUUGCCGGACGCCAUGGGGAUUUACGAGAACUCUUUGGUCUGAUACGACACAAGAAAGACUUGAACAGUUACCUUGUCGAUAGGGAAGACGACGCAGAUAUGCUGCAAUUUCUGGCGCGAUUUGAUCUAGACUUGGAGAAGGAUCCCAAUCUGUACAGCAUCACCCAGCUCGAAGACGACGCCCUCAACUGUAGGUUUACGCCAUCGCCACCCCCUCAAUUACCUCCGACAUCGGCGCCACAUACUUCUGUGUCACCUGAACGACCUGUCUCUCGCUCUGAGAAACACUCGCCUACCCCACCCACGACCAAGGAUACGUCUAUGGACGUCGACCUUCCUGCUGCCUCUGGCUCCAAGGCGGGACUAGAGCCGUCAACACACGCCCACGAGUCUUCGCCCAGCUCGGUCGCUCCCCGCACGUCAAAGCCAUCACCUCUUAAUGCUGAACAAAUUGAGACCGCUGCACCAUCUGUGAAGUCUGAUGCACAUACACAAGCUGUCGCCGGGCCAUCUCGUCUAUCGUCUCCCCCAAUACGACCUGUAGCUGGUGCAUCUUCGGCCGAUGUCUCAAUGGCGGAUGUUCCCGAGCUUUCGCAGCCUGUACACAAGGUCUCCUCUGCAAUCACGUCGCUCCCCCCUUCCGCAUUCAUCCUCCCAAUGACUAUCCCAGUCACACUUUCGGCAUCGCUCACUCCAAUGUCUCCACCGCAUUUUGAAUUCCCAUCCGUCACGGACGCGCCAGUCGAUGUGAAGAGUGUCCCGGCACGUCCAACGCACGUACCCGAGUUUGUGCUCGGACGCACGUACACGCUCCCGCCGCUCAAAGCCCUUCCACUUGAGUAUCAGCGCCGUUCGAAGCUCUUGAAGGCCGCAAAGAAGCGUGAGCGCGCGGGUGGUUCUGGCCCAGCCAUUGGUCCGGAGGGUCGCCGCGAGGAUUGGGUGCCGUUGGGGAUGAACCGCUGGAGCGCGGCAUUGCGCGCCAAUCCUCUAUGGACGCGCGUAGCGCGAGCGCAGAAGACCCUCAGUACGCGUGAUUGGGGCGUCGCAUUCACUGAGCUGAGGCUUGUGCGUACGUUCGAGCGUAUAGACGCACUGAAGUUGGAGGGGAAAUGGAGCUUCCGGCAGCCGAAGAAGCAGCGUGGAAUUGGCGGGCUAGGAAAAACGCAUUGGGAUUAUCUCUUGGACGAGAUGAUGUGGAUGCGUACGGAUUUUCGCGAAGAACGUAGAUGGAAGAUUGCGCUCGCUUUCGACUUGUCAACCGCUGUGCUCCAGUGGCAUAAGGCCGGCACGCACGCGCGACGUUUAGAGGAGGGUAUCAUCGUCGAUUUGUCCAGGCCGCAACCCAUCGGGGACGAAGGAUCCCCUGUUCAAGACCGCGACGUCGAAAUGAAUGACGCCGACGAACCUAUCCCAACCCCGCUUCACAUCCAAGCACCGAAAGAAGACGAACCAUUGCGUCCACUUCUCGUUGAUGCGGAUUACGCUAGCGACGAUAGUGAGGAGGAGCAGGAGAACGAACAGCAGGAAGUGGUCGACGCACUUGCACCUGCUCAGCAAGUAGAGGACGCGUACGCAGCAACACAGGAACUGGAUAUUUGCGAUCAGCCGGAGGUAGCACCGAUGCAGCUGAAAGUCGAGGAUAUCGAGACUGCCCUUUCAUUUGCGGACGCGCAAACGCCGAUGGCUGUUGAUGCCUCGCAGCCCAGCACAUCAGGCCAACCUAGCCGCAUCGAUACUCCCGCGCAGAACGUCGACUCGGGGCUCAAGACAACCUCGCAGGAUCCCAAUCUCGCGACUGGCGUCUGGGAGGCCGCCGCGCAGACGAAAGGUGUUAAAGGCAAGGGUAGCCAGUACGGGCGGCUUCGCAACGAGAUCACGUACUCGGACGAACUUGUCUUUAACCUUGACGACCUCGUUGGUGCCUUGCCUGACUUCCAGGACUCCUCGCUCUCACCGCCGGCUGAUAUCGUCGACAUCUUCCCUGACGCGCAGGUGUAUGACUUCGAUAUAACGCCCGUUGCGCCGGCCGCUCCGGAGGGCAAGAAGAAGAGCGACAGGCGCGACAAAGAUGAUCCGACUAAGCGCCAAGACCUGACGACAUUGAGCCGGCUGGCGCCUGUUUCGCUUUUCCAACAGCAGCGACCGACCCUGCUUGGACCGCUCAUCCCUGCGGCGCACUGGGUGGAUGGUGAAUGGAUUGACUUGGACAACGGUCCCGUGUACAUCGACUUCGAUGCGCCAGUGCGACCACCUGAUUCGACGAUCACCGGCCUAUUUGAUGGUGUGCGCCCGCAGCUUGAAGACGAUACUAUACUUCCAACGGCACCGCGCGAUCCUACACGUCGGCAGGUGGAGACCAACUGGACACCGGCCGAGGAUGAACUUCUCCGCUCUCUCGAGGAGAAGUACCCCCGCAACUGGGCUCUUAUCGCGGACGCGUUCAACACCACGCGCGCCGCCAUUGCUGCGGAACGUCGCGCUGAUUGGGAGUGCAAGGAGCGAUUCAAGUUCAAGUUUCGCUCUCGACCAGAGGAUUCUGCAGUGGAAGAACCGCCCACGCCCGCAUCCGCAUCCUCGCGCCCUCAAGUCACAACGCGCAAGCGCCUUGCUAGCCAAAGCGGGCGUGAUCCACCUGCACCGACCGGCGCAGUUGAAUCGCAUAAGCGCAAGAGGCACACGUACGUCGGCGACGCGAUUCGGAAGGCUACGAAGCGGCGCGAUUCGGCACAGAAGCAAGCUGCAGCGGGUUCUCGCCGGAAUGCUCCCCCGCACGAGUCGCACAACGAGCUCAAGAAGGCGGCGAAGCUCACACCUGCAGACCACUCGCGAAUGAAGCACGACAAAGACGCGCGGGCGCAUCAUGAGGCAGAGCUACUACGUCGGCGGCAGCAAGCCGGUCAGCAACAGCAGCAACAACAACAGCAGGCGAUCAUGGCGGGACGCGUGCCUGUACCGCAACUGCAGAUGCCAGCACAGCCAGGUGUCAAUACGCCACCAGGUGCAGCUGCCGCUGCCGCUCAACGAGUUCCGCAAGGGCAGGUUCCACAAAUGCGCGCGCAACAGCCUCAGGUCAAUAUCUCGCAGGCGCAACGUGCGCCAUCCGGAAGCAACAUGACGCCUCAGCAGCACCAGCAAUACCUCCAGCACAUGCAAGCGCACGCUCAGGCCCAAGCACAGGCCGCGCAAGCUCAACGCGGUGCGCUUGUCGCCGCGGCGAGUGCGAACAUGCCGAAUACGUUGCCACCUACGGGCCACCUCUCCCCGCCGUUUUCGGCUGCGAAUACGCGACAGGCAUCGCCGAACGGUAUGAUUGCUGGCCAGCAAUCACCACCACGCCCUGCGGGUACUCCCAAUCCUCCGGGAAGACCUGGUUCUGCCGCAAUGUUGCAAGGGUCGCCGCAGAUGCAGCACGCGAUGGCGCGGCAGGGCAGCACACCUGGUUAUAUGCAGUUGCAGGCCAAUAUCAUGCAGCACUUGACUGCUGAGCAGGUAAUGCGAGCGCAACAGAUGAUGGUGGCCCAACAACAGCAGCACCAGCAACAACAACAAUCUGGAGGUGGAUCGGGCGCGUCAGGGUCGGGCUCUUUUUAG